UCCUAAGUAGUUACGGUACUAGAAAUAAAGACAGAAACAGAGAUAUAUAUAUACAUAUAUAUAUGUGUGCGUGUACGUGUAUUCGCGUGUGUUUUUGUGUAAGCAAACCCUUGAAAUAUAGUGCCUUUUAUACCAAGUGUCGUACCGGACAGUUAAAGUGGAAAGAGACAGACAGGUAGACACAGACAGACAGACAGAAAGAGAGAGAGUUAAAAAAAAAAGAAAGUGAGAGAAAGAGAGAGAGAAGAAAGAUUGUGUUAGUUCCCUUGGACUCUGGUUAUGUGCACUUGCAUCUUGAGAUAAAGUGUUGCACCCGACGUUAUGCAAGUGCGUUAGUAGUGCACACUCGACGAGUAUCUACCAUCGUUUACGAUAGAAUUUGUAAACAAAUUUUUAAACAUUUUCUAUACCUUGUAUAUAUAGAAGAAGAGUAAAAAAGAAUAUUUGAAAGAAGAUUAUUUUUAAUGGUAUAGAAAAAAUAAAUGUAUCUAAAGUGCGUGGAAAAUUGCAUAGUUUUCAUGCUAGAGAAACGUGUUUGUUUGUUUAUCUUUACGAAUCGUUACGUUUCUAACGCUUUCAACUAGAAAUAUACGCGGAAAGGGAAAGAGAGAGGAAAAGAGAGGGAGAGAGAGAGAGAGAGAGGGACAAAUUAUUUGAAGAAAUCAAGGAAAUUCUCGUGGGGUGGGGGGAAAACUAUUCGAUUGAGUGAGGUGUAAUGUAAAAUUAAAGUUCAAAAAUAUGUGUUGUUAAUAUUUUCACAGUUAUUCGAUUGAAUUCACGAUUGUUUGGAUUUUUGUUUAUUGUUGUUGUUGGAUUUUAUCAUCAUCUGUGGAAGAAAUAUCAAAUACUCGGAAGAUAUUGGUGAUGAUACUUGAGAGAAGAUAUUUCAUUGUCUCGUUAAGGAUUCCUCCACAUAUUUUUUCGGUGAAGUAAUACGAGUAGAAAGGAAUAUUUGCCGUUCCUACGGAGUGGCAAAAGGAAGAAAAAGGGACGAAGAAAGGUGGGCGACGUAUCGAGGGUGGUUUUGGAUGAUAGAAGGCGCGGGGGUGGCUAAAGAGGCCCCGCCGCAGCGUACGGGUCCCGAUGCCGGUCCCCGUAUCGCAAACCCUCACGCUAACCUCCACCCUAGUACCCAAGGAGGAGUCAAACAUGCCCUUCAUAGACGACGAAUUACUUUGGUGCCCUGAUAAUGAUGGAAAGAUGGUCGAUUUAACUCAAUGCCUUCAGGAGAGUAGUACUGGUCAGUCGGUUGAGUUUUCUGCAAUGGAAUUAAGCGCGCUUGUUGGAACACCUGCUGCACCUAAUGUACCAACGGAAGAAGGUGAAGGUAUGUCCAAUGUAACUGGGGAAGAACCCUUCGAUACCUUAGACACUUUUCUUCGAGAACUUCAAGCGGAUUUGGCCGAGGCCAGUCAACCAAGUUCUACCACGACACCUCUUACGAAUUCCUGCAGGCGGCAAAGGUACAACAUCGCAGCAGCGAAUCCUUUAUUAGCGGAAAAAUUGGCCGCACCAUCUUCCCAAGCAUCUCCAACCACAAUCCCGUAUGCAACGAGGGCGGAGAUUAAAACGGAAAAUAUUCAACACGAGACGAGCAAAGUUGACACAAGGGAGGUACAACCGCACGAGACGACGACAAACGAAAAAGAACAAUUAAGUUUGGCGAGUGUUAAAGCAGAACCAGGUUCGACGAGUGCGAGUACAGCGAGUACGACUACCGGUGCACGUCUACUUCAUGGAAUACUUUCGCAGCAUCCCCAACAGCAUACGCUUGGGGUGCAAAACGGUUAUGGCCGACAUAUGCAAACACCAGCCGGCCAUUCUCAAAUGGCUCAACCACCCUAUACCACUGCCGCCAUUGCUACCACGAGUACGCCAGGAAGCGGAUCACUGCCAGCCAGCCCUGCGGACAGUGGAGUCAGUGACGUAGAAUCAAGUACGUCCUCAGGUGGUAACGAGGACGCGAAUCUCCUAUUAAAAGCUAGGCUCAAUCCUAAUUCCUCCCUACAACCGAGUCUGGCGUCUCAUCAUUCACACUUAUCCUCAGCUUUGGGUAGGUCAGCCUGUCACAGUCCUGGCGUAUAUCCAUCUACGGCAGGUUUUCUACCACCCUCUUAUCAUCCUCAUCAACAUCAUCCCUCUCAGUAUCACCCGCACAGAGGAAGUUCACCACACAAUCAACAUGGUAAUCAUAGUAUGGGAACGGCAAUGGGACCCCCACAUCAUCAUCACCAUCACCAAACGCAAAGUCUUCAACAUUUGCACUAUCGUCAACCACCUACAUUAUCCGAGAGUUAUAGCAGUUACGUAAACUCGAUGUACGGUAAUGGAGGACAAUUCGCGACACCUUGUACACCGAGCCCACCGAGAGGACCUGGUGGUGUACCAACGAGCGUAAUCCAAGCAGCGACGAGUUCGGUAUCGGACGAUCUUUAUCUUUUGGAACUUGGUUUUCCGCCACGUUCGAAGAAAAACAAAUUGAAGAAACCACGUCAAGGGGAGGGUGCUACGGUUAAAAGGAAAUCGCGGGAAGGUUCUACGACAUAUCUUUGGGAAUUUUUAUUGAAAUUGUUACAGGACCGUGAAUAUUGUCCGCGAUACAUUAAAUGGACGAAUCGCGAGAGAGGAGUAUUUAAAUUGGUCGAUAGUAAAGCCGUAUCGAGACUCUGGGGUUUGCAUAAGAACAAGCCUGACAUGAAUUACGAGACGAUGGGUCGCGCCUUGAGAUACUAUUAUCAACGUGGCAUUUUGGCGAAGGUCGACGGACAGAGAUUGGUAUAUCAAUUCGUCGACGUACCCAAGGAUAUAAUAGAGAUCGACUGUACGGGCGCGUGAGAUAGGUCUCGUUGCUGUUUCUCGAGAAAUGAGUAUGUUAAACGAAUACGACGAAGAGGAGGAGGAGGAAGAGGAAGAGGAAGAGGAAGAGGAAGAGAAGGAGGAAGAAGAAGAAGAAGGAUAAGAAGAAGAAGAAGAAGAAGAAGGAGAAGAAGAAAAAGAAGAGGAGGAGGAGGAAAUUACCGCUACCUUGAAAACUUCAUUUUUCUUAAGAUAUAUCAUUGUCCUCCAUGGAGUACCAAUGAUUAUUUAUGUUGAGACGUCCCAUCGACGACCUGCCGCCGGACACCCUAUAUAAAAAUUGUCAAAUAUCAAGAGCUCGCCCUCUCUAACUCCCAUACGUUUCUCUUCUAUCCCCUUUUAUACGGUUGAAACUUUUACGAGAGAAUAAUCGAAUAACACGAUGUUGAUGAUGUUUUCACACACAAAAAAAAAAAAUUAAAACUAUCUAAAUAUCUAAAUAAUUCGACGUAAUCGUUGCACGAUAUAUAUAUAUAUAUAUACAGUUCUCUCUAAUCGUAUCGUCUAUCGUCCUCCUUUUGGUCUUUCUCCUUUGUUAAGAAAAAAAAAUAUAAAAAUGAAAAAUCAUACAUUGUUCUUGGCUGUGUGAGUGCGUGAUCAUUAUUACUUGCGUCCACGUAUGUAUGCGUGUAUGCGUGCGCGUAUGUUUGUUGGAUUACGAUAUAUAGAUUAUGCGAAGGGGAAAUAGUUUGAAGUGAAAGAAAGAUAAAAAGAAAAAUAAGGGGGCAAAAUAUUAUUAAAUAAUAAUCGAAUCUAAUUAAUUAACGUCCACACGUAUAGAAAUCUUAAGCUCACGUAUAUACGAAAUAUAUAUGCAUACGUACGUACAGACAUAAAUCGUAUAUGCAUAUAAUGCACUUACGAGUGUAUUCUUAGACUCUUUUACAAAUUUGUACAAAAUUUAGUUCUUAUAUUUACAUAUGGCAGUCGUUAUUAAUUGAGAAUGAAUAAACAAACAAAGAUAAAAGAUAGAUAAAUCAUUGUGGAAGAAUUACUUAAGAAUUAUACAA